AUGGAAGCUGUCAAGCGCUUCUUCUCCUCCUCGCGCUUCGCCGUGGCGGGGGCCAGCAACGACACCCAUAAGUUUGGCUACAAGAUCCUCGCAUGGUAUCACCAGCAUUCACUGCCGGUCACCCCGCUGAACCCUCGGGCAGCGCAGAUCACCCUCCCCUCGCGUGCAUACGAUACGGUCCCCUCGCCGGCCAGUUUGCCCUCGCCCACCCAGACGUCGUUGUCGGUGGUCACUCCCCCGCCAGUGACCCUACAGGUGCUGCGCGAGGCGCAUUCAGUGGGAAUCCCUGCCGUCUGGUUGCAACCCGGAACCUUUGAUGACCAGGUGCUGGAGUUUGCCCACGACCAUUUUGAGGCAGUGAUCGCGGGUGACGGAGGAGCGGGCGGCGAGGGAUGGUGUGUGCUGGUGGACGGCGACGAGGGAUUGGAUGCGGCGGGGGUGCAGUGGACCAGCCAGCGACUGUAA